AUGACAUCUAUUACACCAUUACAAAAUUCGAUAAUUGAUGUAACAUUACUUACUGAUCCGAUCACACUUGAUUUAUAUAAAGAUCCAGUGAUAGCAGAAGAUGGACAUACGUAUGAACGUGAAGCAAUUUUACAAUGGAUAAGGGAAAAAGGCAAUAGUCCAUUCACACGACAACCAUUAGAUAUUAAUAAGUUACAUCCAAAUAUAGAGAUAAAACGACAAGUUGCUGAAUAUAUAAAAUUAGAAUAUGGCGGAGUAAGAUCCGAUAUAGUAAAUCGAAUUAAAGAAGAAGAGUCAAUCUAUAUGGACUCUGCAUAA